AGGGUAACCGUAUUCAUGGAAGGAUAGCGAAAGAAAGUUGGGUCGAUGCCGCCCGACUUUUCUUGCUCGUUAUGCUCUCCUUACCUCCUCCUCCUCCUCCUCCUCCAAGCAGGGCGGGUUGAUGGGUUGAAGUGCUACACGGGCGAUUCCUUCAGCCGAGUAGCGGAUGUUCCUGUCAUGACUUGCAACAGCUCGCUGGAGUCUCAGUGUCAGUUUGUCUGCGAGAGAAUGGAGUUCACCAACUCAACGGACGGGUCUCUGAUAGUUAUAGACGUCUGCAGGUAUGGCUGCGCGUCAGCAGCGCAGUGUCAGCAGUACACGUCGUUCAAUGGAGGCAUGUUCGACGUCCAGCGGGUCUGCGACUGCUCGUGGUCAACUGACGAUGCCUUCUGGACUAAGUACAACCUCAAUGGCCAAGGACCCAAGUUUUGCUGUCCGACAUGCUACCUGGGCUUGUCCUACUCACCACAAAGAUGCCCGAGCGCUCUCAGCAUGAACUUCGGCUGCUGCAGCGGGGAUAGCUGCAACCUGAAUGCAGGCGCGAGAGUGAAGCAGACAGCGCUUGUCUGGUUUUUUCCUCUGAUGAUGUCUUACUUUCGUAGCCAUGUGAUGGUUUGAGGAGGAUGUAACAUACAGCGAUGGUAGGGGCGUGAUGUAUUCUGACAAGAUUCCAUGUUAAUAUCCAUUAUGUCUAAGUUUCAUCACUUGAAAAAGCACUGAAGGAAAGAAUGCUUCUUCUUCCUAGAAAGCUUCAACCAAGAGCGAAAGAACUCCAGGCGAGUCAAGAAGUGAAACUUGAUCUUCAUCCGCAGCGCCUUGCCAGCAACAGUCUCUGACGAAGUCAUGAGUUGGUUGGCGGUGUAGACAGCUCCAAAGGUAGCUUUAGACCACAUGAGAAAGAAGGUGUAGACUAGGUCAUGGUGCUUGUGAAGAUACUUGGACUCGAAAUUCCUUGCAAACUGCAGGCGGAAAGCAACAAUCUUCCAUCCGUUGAAGGCUCGGACCGUCUGGAGGAGGUGGGCACGGCGACUGAGCUCUUGGAACCUGAUUUUCUGGAUCAUCCGUUGGUGUACGGGCCUCAGCCAGGCGUUUAGAAUCUCCGUCAGCAGCGCUCGAUGUAGUCUCCGCCGUACCACCAUCGCGCGCCUCCUCUUGGAUGCGAGUAUCCCCUUCCAGACUUCGAGAGUGAAGACCAGGCUCGCGGCGCGAGCUUGAGCCGACCACUUCAGCAGGCAAGUCAUGAGGAUCUGAACCGCUCGGAGGUGACGUUCGGGAGGAACUUCGGCCUCUAGGGCAGCAUCUCCUGCGCUUACUUCCGCAGCCCCUGAGCUGUUCUCAGCUCGUUGCUCCAGCAGCAUCUCGGCGACUGCUUGCAUCGUCAUCCCCUCUGGAACUUCCAGGCCGUCCGAGUGUCGGUCGCUCGUGUCUGCUGAGUCCACCGAGAGCUCCGGCAGCACAUCCUCUGGGUCCGU